GGACAGCCCGGGACAGCGGGACAGCCCGGGCGGGACGGACGGGAUGGCAUUCAAGGUGUGGCUGGACCAGCGGGACCUGUUGGCUUACAGGGUCCAGCCGGGGACAAGGGAGACACAGGACCGCCGGGAAGAGACGGGGAGCCAGGCGCAGGAGGAAGUGUGUACAUCCGAUGGGGGAGGAAGACUUGCGCUGAUAACGGCGGAGCAGAGUUGGUGUACUCGGGUGUGGCAGGAGGUACACAUUACACAGAGACAGGCGGCGGGACCAACUACCAGUGUCUGCCGACCGACCCACAGUGGGGACGGUACCAAGAUGGAGUCCAGGGGAUCAAGGCUUACAUGUACGGCGCUGAGUACGAGUUGAACACAAACGUCCCGUUCGGCUCCACCUCCCACGAUAACGACGUCCCGUGUGCGGUCUGCUACGUCCCAACCCGCGGCAGUAAGUUAAUGAUCCCCGCCCGUCGUAACACCUGUUAUAGCGGCUGGACCCGCGAGUACCAUGGUUACCUCAUGGCUUCACACUACAACCACCCCGGGUCUAAAGAGUUCGUUUGUGUAGAUGAACAGCCAGAGGUGAUACAGGGCGGUGACUACGACCGGAACGGAGCGCUGUUCUACCCCGUGGAAGCCCGCUGUCGGGUCCCCUCCCGUCGUCCCCAAUACGCGGAAGGGAGGGAACUCACCUGUGUCGUCUGCACAAUGUAGACCAUUGUUACUGUACUUAGCCAAGGACGUUCCUUGACUUAGCGUAGUGAGUAUUCUUUGUACAAUGAAGGUUUUUAUUUCAUUAAUGACACGUCUAUUCUGUGAAUUAGUAAGAAGUUUAUUGAAAAUUCGUGCCCGGGGGCUAAUUGCAAAUUACAAACAUAAAAGAACAAUGAAACAGAGUAUAAAAUAAUUAAAAUCUACAUGUUAAAAUGUAGUUGUCUAGAGCUAUAGCUAUGUCUAAGACUAUAUCUAAGGCGUUUGACUUCUCCUUUUUAGACCAUGGCAGACGUAAU